UGCCGGCGAUCGCAUCUGGGAAAAAGAGCUGCAAGCUUCCCGAAAAUCAAGAAACGGUCUUGAGUUCAUCAUCAGGAAAUCCCCCGAAACAAAACCAUAUAUUUUUGUAGUAAACAUAUAAAAAUAAACAAAAAAAAAAAAGCGAAAAAACAUAACAAACCAUAAAAAGCAAAGAAACUACAAUAUGCUUUAUCUGCGCCCCUUCGCGAAGAUAUAGCGAUAUCGCAGUUAAACACCUUGUAAAUGAUUUCAAAGUGAGUGUAAACAGCAACUGUUCAACAUUCGCCAUGUGCCGGGUUCAAGCGUGAAUAAAUUACAAUUACACGCGUCAAACUGCGCAGCAAAAUAUGCUAGUGAAAAGUGCCACAACAGCAAAAGGAGCCGCACUUGCCAGGUCCUCGGCUGCAGCAUUAAUUUGAGGGGAGAGCAGGAAAAGCGAGGACAACCAGGAAAAGCCUAUCCAGCGAAAAGGAUGCACUAAGCCCGCGGCGGAGCCCACCCAUCUCCCGUCUCUUUCCGGCACGCUCCCCUGUCGCCGUCCCUUUCUAUUGGAGAACCAGCGCGGAAGAAGCAGCACAGAGGCAAAAUGAAUAUUGGCAUCGCAGCACCGAAAUGGGAUAAAUUGUCGCCGCGCGAGUUUUUGCAGCUGCAGGAGUUGGCCUCAUAUUCCACCCGAAAGCUGCAGGAUGUGCUGCGGGAGUUUAGCUCGCCGAGUGCCGCCAGCACGCCCAAGUGCAUUCCGGAUGGGGACAUUGAUUUCGACGGGUUCCGGCGCUUCCUGGACGCCUUCCUCGACUGCGAGGCGCCGCUGGACCUGGCCAAACAUUUGUUUGUGUCCUUCCUCAAGCCGAAUGUCACCCAGGCCCAGCUGCAUGGCCGGGCACUUAAUCAAAUGGCCGCCAUCAGCAGCACGGCCGCCUGUGCGCCGGUCACGUCGCACACGAAGGGCUCCAUACCAAACAUCAAUAGCAUUGCCGAGUUGAUGCCGCAGUGCAGCGGAGGCGGAGGCGGCAUCGGUGGCACGGGGGGCGUGGCCGGGGCCGAGGGACACGCACAAGCCCGCAGCAGCUUUGUGGACAAAAUCCAUGGCAUCACGGAUAAAUUACACCACUCGCUGGGCGGACAUCUAUCCCACGAUCCCAGCAAGACGGGCAGUGUCCAUCCGAUGCUCACGGUGACGCCGAGUCCCUUGGCCAGCGGACCCAGCAUGUUCCAGGCGAGCAAUCCGGCCCGUCGCUCCGUGGACUCCAGUCCCUCGCACUCGGCCACCAACCACUCGCAGAUGUCCCGCAACUCCUCGAAGAAGAGCAGCAACUCGGUUAAUUGCAAAAUUGAUGCUGACAUUAAGCUCCUCGCGCGAAAACUCUCCCACUUCGAUCCGCUGACACUCAAGGUCCCGCUGAAGGAUGUCGUCUGCUAUUUAUCACUGCUCGAGGCAGGACGACCGGAGGACAAGCUGGAGUUCAUGUUCCGGCUGUACGACACGGAUAGCAACGGAGUCCUGGACACGGCCGAAAUGGACGCCAUUGUCAACCAGAUGAUGGCCGUGGCCGAAUACCUCGGCUGGGAUGUCAGCGAACUGCGUCCGAUACUGCAAGAGAUGAUGGUUGAAAUCGACUACGAUGCCGAUGGCACGGUGUCCUUGGACGAGUGGCAGCGAGGCGGGAUGACUACGAUUCCACUGCUGGUGCUCCUGGGUGUCGACAGCACCACGCUCAAGGAGGAUGGCAUCCACGUGUGGCGCCUGAAGCACUUUAGCAAGCCGGCGUACUGCAAUCUCUGCCUCAACAUGUUGGUGGGUCUCGGCAAGAAGGGCCUUUGCUGUGUGCUUUGCAAGUACACCGUCCACGAGCGGUGCGUGCAACAUGCCCCCGCAUCCUGCAUCACCACCUACGUCAAGUCGAAGAAACCGAAGUGUGGCGGAGACCUACUGCAUCACUGGGUGGAGGGCAACUGCUAUGGACGGUGCUCCAAGUGCCGCAAAAGGAUAAAGGCCUACCACGGAAUCACAGGACUUACCUGCCGCUGGUGUCACAUGAUGCUCCACAACCGCUGCGCCUCGUCGGUGAAGAAGGAGUGCACCUUGGGCGAAUACUCCGAGCUGAUUGUGCCGCCCACGGCCAUCUGCCCGGCGGUGCUCGACCGCCAGCGAUCCGUGAACCAGGCUCACAAGAAAUCCCAAAUGCAUCACCACCAGGCCACGCACUUCCAAAUCACGCCGCCGGACGAGCUGAGCUGCCCGCUGCUGGUGUUCGUCAAUCCGAAGAGCGGCGGUCGCCAGGGGGAUCGCAUCCUGCGGAAGUUCCAGUACAUGCUCAAUCCGCGCCAGGUGUACGACCUGUCCAAGGGCGGGCCCAAGGAGGGACUCACGCUCUUCAAGGACCUGCCCCGCUUCAGGGUCAUUUGCUGCGGGGGAGACGGCACCGUCGGCUGGGUUCUGGAAGCCAUGGACUCCAUAGAGUUGGCCAGCCAGCCGGCCAUCGGAGUGAUUCCCCUGGGAACGGGCAACGACCUGGCCCGCUGUCUCCGCUGGGGCGGCGGAUACGAGGGCGAAAACAUCCCCAAGCUGAUGGACAAGUUCCGCAGAGCCUCCACCGUGAUGCUGGACCGCUGGAGCAUCGAGGUGACCAACACUCCGCACAGCGAUGAACUGCGACCCAAGGUGACGCUGCACUCGAACAUGCAGAAGGUGAUUGAGCUGUCGCAAAGUGUUGUGGUCGACAAAUCGCUGAUGGAACGCUUCGAGGAAAUCCAGCGGCAGAGCAAGCAGGUGGCCACGUCCAUGGGCACGGCGGCCUCCAGCACAUCGAUUAUGAUGGCCAGCAAGACGGAAACGGAAAUGGCAACGAUGGCCACGAUGGAGUUCGGCAGCAGCACGACGACCACCAACAGGACGACCACGACCAAGAGCAUUUCGAUGUCCACGUUCGAGACGCAGUGCCUGCAACAGACCCUGCGGACAGCGAUGAGCAGCAGCAGCAGCAACACGAGCAGCGGCAGUCCGUGCAACGGCAACCAGGAUGCGGAAACGGAAGUAGAUUCCCAUGCCGCUGCCGCUGCCGAAGUCCGGGAGCAGUCCUUGCCCAGUAGGUCGGGUGAAACGGAAAAGCAAUCACUUGAGACGCUGCUGCUGCAGCACAAACAGCAGAUGCAACAACAGCAGCAGCAGCAGCAACAGCAGCAAGGAGCCACAUCACUGGCUGUCGAGGAAGCUGCAACAGCAACGCCAGUCGGGAGUAAUCAAAGCGAUAAUAGUAGCCAGCGCAAUAAGCAGAACAACAUCCUUAAACAGCAAAUUACAUUGUCAUUGGACUUGUCCGACCAUGAGGACGAGCCCAAGGACGACGUGCAAGGCGAUGGCGAUGGCGCUGGCGAUGGCACCAAGAGCAACGGCAACAGCAUUCCGGCAACACCAGCCACACCGGCCACACCAAUCACACCCACCACUCCGAAUGCCGCAUCAAGUGUGCUGCCGCAGCAGCAUCUCCAGUUCGAGCAGCAACAGAAGCCCAUCAAAGUGCAAUCCGACAAGGACUGCACGGUGCCCUACAACAUAAUCAACAAUUAUUUCUCCGUCGGCGUGGACGCCGCCAUCUGCGUCAAGUUCCACCUGGAGCGUGAGAAGAACCCGCACAAAUUCAACAGCCGCAUGAAGAACAAGCUGUGGUACUUCGAGUAUGCAACAUCCGAGACAUUUGCAGCAUCCUGCAAGAAUCUCCACGAGAGCAUCGAGAUUGUGUGCGAUGGCGUGGCCCUGGACUUGGCCAACGGACCCCACCUGCAGGGAGUGGCCCUGCUCAACAUCCCGUACACACACGGCGGCUCCAACCUGUGGGGCGAGCACCUGUCCCAGAAGCGGAUACGCAAGAGCGCCGGCCCCUUCGGCAAGAGCAAGAAGCUCCGCGCCGGCGACAAGGAGUUCUCCGCCACCAGCUUCAAUUCCGUGGACCUCUCGGUGGCCAUUCAGGACUUUGGAGAUCGGCUCAUCGAGGUGAUUGGGCUGGAGAACUGCCUGCACAUGGGCCAGGUGAGGACUGGACUCCGCGCAUCGGGACGUCGCCUGGCCCAGUGCAGCGAGGUGAUCAUCAAGACGAAGAAAACAUUUCCCAUGCAGAUAGAUGGCGAGCCCUGGAUGCAGAUGCCCUGCACGAUCAAGGUGACCCACAAGAACCAGGUGCCCAUGCUGAUGGCACCGCGGUCGGAGAAGGGACGCGGAUUCUUUAACCUGCUGUGCAGCUGAUUCAGGCGCAGCGCAUCGAGCGACUUCAUGGGCCGGAGUGCCCAGGAGUCGGCCGAUGAGCUGGAUGAUGACUUUCGGAUCGUCACUAGAAGCACCACCGUCCACAACAUAGCCUAGCGUCAAUAGCUUUAGCCCAGUCCACCCGCGAUCGCAUCGAAUUGGUUAACCCUAGGUUAAGGCUUCCCUUAUGAUAUGACAUGAUAUGAUAUGAUAUGUGUAGAUCUGCUAUAUGUGUAUGUAUUCUUGUAUGCAUGUAUGUCGAGUGAGUUACAGAGCUUUAUAUUUAGUGUUAGACUAGCCAAAUAUACAACCGAGUCAAGUCCAUUCCAAUGGCAUCCGAGUGCGGUGGCUGUAUAUAUACAUACAUAGCAAUACUGCGACGGCUUUAGGCCACCGGAUAUUUUAAGAACACACUUUAAAAGCGAUAGCAUAGCGAAAAUUGUCCAAAGAUGCAACUGAAAUGAGACCAACCAAGCAACCAGAACAACAAACCAAACACAAAAACCAAACAGCUAAUAGUAGUGCGAAUUUUAUGCCCUAGGCUAAGUACGAGUAUGUAAUUUAUUCCGUCAUUUAUAAGCAGUGGUGGGUGUUGCUGGGAUCGACAGGAUAUAUGUAUACGUCUACCGACGUAUGUAGAACCAACACACAUAUCAUUUGAUUUCCGACUCGAGAUUUUGCAUUUGAGCAGCACUCGCCACUGAACUACGAACUUAACUUUUAUUUUUUUUUUUGGUAAUUUAUAUUGUAUAUAGCGAAACAAAUGUAACUUGGCAUGAUGCAAGUGUCAACUAAAUGGUGCAGCUUUAAACGAAAUUUUAUAUAUGAACACAUAUAUUGAGAGGACACGAACCGGAUGUUGAACAAUACAUACAUAGCAUAUAUGUAUUGUAUAUUUCGUAUAUGUAUGUUAAGUGCCAAUAAGGUCCUCACAAAUACAAUACUCAUAGAAGAAUACCCUACUUUUCUCACCCCCAUCAGUAAAUUUAACCGCCCUGGUAAAUUUCAGAUCGAAAACCCACAUUCCAAGCAUUUCCCAGACCACGUGUACAUUUUUGGACGCAAAGCACUAAGUAGUGCAAAUCUGGUAAAGUGAAAUCACCAAUAAUCCGGUUUGUUAAACGUAGUGUCCCUAGAAUCAAAUAACUACUAGCUGAUAGUUAUUGAAUAGCACGCCACCAAAGAGCACUAUUUUUGAACUAUUAGGUAAUACGAGAGGCACUUCUCAGAUGGAAUGUUAAUUGGAUAUACUCGCAAUAUAAUAUGUGUCCUUCGAAUCGUUACUCCCCCUAAGUAGUUCGGAAUAUUAAAGCUAACUUCGAAGACUAACCACAGUUUCUUACAUACACUUUACACCUAAUGUUAUGGAGCGCGUCGAGUUAUCCUAGUCAUUUGCCGAGUCCAAAUUGAGUUCUCCUCGUACGUGCCAUCCUAACCCUUGGACCUUGGACUUCCUCAGCAGGAUAUCCGCACUGCACACGAUUAAUCCUUAAUGUACGUGGACGUGUAUACUGUCGAACUACUAUUGCAAACCAACGUAAUAUACAUAAAAGUCGAUUUAAUUUUGCAAAUAAACAUUUUCAAUGCGAUUCCCCGCGCCCACGAGUCCUCGGCUCCGCCAGGAACACGGGGAUUUAGUGCCAGCGCCGGGACGCCGCUAAUGCCACACAGUAGCCAGUUAACAUUAAUUAUAAAUGAACCACUUAAUAUUAGUAAAAUGCAAAGCAAAGCGGCUCAGCAAGGCCACGCUUGUGUACAGUACAACUAGAUGUAAGCGUAUACCUGUCUAAUGUUAAAUCGAAGUAAUCGAAAAGUAGCUACUAGUUGAUAUUACCAGAGAAAUGAACGAAAAUAGCAAGUGGAACUUGAAAACUAUACACUACGUUAAGCGAUGAUAUAUUAAUGCCUAAGUAGUUGAAUGUAUCGCCUAAGCGAAGUUAUAAUCUGUGUACAAAGCUGGGUUCCUUUAGUAGCUCCAUUAGAUUUUCGUUUUCAACUUAAAUUAUCCACUGAUGUGCUGCUGCAGGUGUCAUGUCAUGCUACGACCCUAUGCCCCAUGGAUCUUCACUCGUGCCAAGAACUGGUGGCGAUGGGGUCCCAAGUUAAGGUGUAACCACUCUAAAAUAGGGAACGAAAUGUAAAACUGUAAAGUGCAUAAGCCAUAUUAUCCAUACAUGUAUACUCCUAUAACCAGUGUUUAAAACAACCACCAAUAAAUUCAAAUUACGUAAAA